CGUUUAGGGGGGAAAGGGGUAGGGAUGGCGGGGAGUGGGGCAAAAAAGGUUCGCUGGCGCUGGGGAGAGGGUUUGGACGCCGGUCGCGAAGGAGGGCGUGUUUUUCGAGGGUUGGGGAGGGGGUUUAAGGGGAGGGGAAACGGAGGGAGAGGGGGCUGGGGGUAGGGGAGGGGGUGUCGAGGGUGGGGGGGCUUGCCUCGCCGGCGAAUAGGGACCACCGGCGCCGGUUUCGACUAGGGGCAGGGGAACCACCGACGCCAGCGGCCGCUGGCAGGGGGUUGCUUUGGUAGGGGAGGGGGUGGGUUUAAUUUAAUUUAUUUUAUUUUUUAUAUUAAUUAAAUAAUUAAUUAAAUUAAUUGAUUAAUUAUUUAAAAGAGAACCAAUUGCAGCAUGCCACGUGACAUAAUUAACCUUAAUGACUAACGGAAUUAACCGCCGUUAUUUGGUGACAUUUUUGUGAAACUCAAGUGUAUACGGUGAAUUUGAAAAUUUGCAUGGGUAUAUGGUGAAAAAAAAAAUAACUCAGGGGGCAUUUGGUGAAAUUUCCGUAAUUUUAAUUUAAUCUUUCUACUUUUAACUAGCUUAUCCAACACCCCCGAUUUGUUUAUUAACAUUUUCCUAUUCGUAAAUGGUUAUUUAACGCCUAGAAGCUUUCAUUUAGGAAAAAAAAAAAAAAAAAAAAAAGUAAAUUGUAACGGAAUUGUGCUCACUUAUUGUCACCGUUCACUGAGCCAAGCUAUUCCCCGGUGACAUACACAUACUACGCCGCUUCUCUAUAUCAACGUUUGAAGAAUAAUUUGAGGGAAUAAGUUUGGCCUAUCAAAAGGCACCAUGAACUUUAUCUAUCUUCUUUCAUGCUUCCAAAAAUUAGAAGCAUUCUUUGUUUUGGUGUGCUGUUUAGGUAGAAAGGGAGGUUUCCAGAAGAUUUUGGACGGGAGAUUGCCUGACUGUUGCUUCUUUACUUGUCCAGAAGUUAAAUUGACAAUGGCUGCACAUUUUCAAUCAUUGGAAUGAUCUUGGCUGCUGAUUGUGCAUUUGAAAAUUUCCCGUGGAGGAACAAUACUCUAUCGCGUCUAUUCCUUACCUGUCUAAACUGUAAGAUUCUUGGAACGUUCAGGGUUUGUCUAUCUCUGCUAAGAUCCUGCCCAAACAUUAAAAAGUUAAAAUUUUUAUUUGGUCCAGCCGAAGGUCCGGGGCUGAUCACAAAAUUCUUGAAGGAAAAUAAAGGACGAGUCUCCUUUCCUGCACUUGAUUCUAUUGUAGUUAUGUGUCCUACUUCUGCUGGCAUGGGAUGUAAUGUGAACUUCAUUGAAUUUCUUUGCGCUCACUCCCCAAACCUCAGGUCUUUAAGGAUUCUAGGAUGGCCUGUGAUGAAAAAGGCCCAGAUUCCCAAAUUGCUCAAGCGGUUCAAGAAAGUUUGUCCUAGUGCACAGAUUCUCUUUUCAUGUGCCCGAUUCUAGUGCAGUGACAUUUUCUUCUGACUGUGGUGUAUUGUACAAUUGUGAACUUCAUUGUGCACUCACUCCCCAUCCUCUGGUCUUUAAGCAUUAAAGGAGCCUUUCGGGAAGUCUGUUCUCGCACUUUAUUUCUAUUCACCUGUGAUAGGGAUUUGCCCUUUAUGGGACCUCCAUCUUAUCAGUAUCAAAAAGGAGAUUAGUUCAUGUUUAUGAGCUGUUUCUUUUGCUGCUGCUUGGUAGUAAGAAAAAGUUUUAUUUUCAAUAACUUCCUUUUGGGUGAACUUUUAUUAGUUAUUUCUUUUUGUAUUUUUAGUGAAAACGAGACUGAAUUAAGUGUUUUAUAUUUCAGUAAUUUAAGUAUUUGUGAUUUCUUCUCAUAUAUCCAUUUUUUUUUUCCAUUUUAUGGUUGUUGGCAAGGGUCUGAGUUUUUGAGUGGAGAGUAUUCCUAAUUCUUUUUUGUUCUACUCACUAGCUUUUUCAUAGUCUUGUAGUUAAUAUUAAUGAAAAUUAUGAAAAGUUGAUAGUAUAACCUAAGCCAUUGAGAUAAAUCAUAUGUAUUUUUUUUUUUUUUUUUUUACAGAACUCUCAAACAUGGUCAAAAUUCUGUUAUUUGUCUGACUGCCUCACAGGUGACUUAAUUUUUUUUAAGGAGUAUCUUUUGUUCUUCAAAAGACAUGAUUCCCCCCCCCUUUUCUUUUUUUUAAAAAAAUAAAUUUAUCUGAUGAAUUGCUGUGAAUUUGUUUCAUUAGUGAAAAUUCAUUUUGAUUAGAAAAAAAUAAUAAUAAUUUGUUGAAUACAGUCAGAUGGAUCAGACAAUCCUUACAGCUACAAUAAAUUGUUAAAUUGUCUUUCCAAUGCGAUGUAGAGUAAAGAUGUUUCACUUGAUAAAAUAACGUAAAACUUCUACAAAUCUCACAAAAUACGUUGAGUUGUGAGCCUUUCGUUUUUUAUUUGCAUCACUUUCCUUUUAAAUAACAAUUUUUUCUUUCUCUUUUAUCACAUGAGCCCUUGUUUUUUCUCUCUACCUCUCUUUACUCUAAAAAUUGCUUAGGAGUUUGUGAAAACUAAAGUGAUGCAACUAAAAAACGGAGAAAUUAACAAAUAACAACACAGGACAUUAGUGUUGCCAUGGAAAGGUGGGGUGCUGUUCUGGUGUUGUACUUGUGUUCACCUUCACUUAUUGUCACCACUCACCGAGGCAAGCUAUUCUCCGGUUACAUACUACGCCGGUUUUCAAUUUAAACGUUUUGAAGAAUUAUUUACAGGGAUAAAUUUGGCAUUUCAAAGGCACCAUGAGUUUUUUCUAUCUUCUUUUAAGCUUCCAAAAAUUAGAAGCAUUCUUUGUGCUGGUUUGCUGUUUAGGUAGAAGUGGACGUUUCCAGGAGAUUUUGGACGGAAGAUUGCCUGACUGUUGCUUCUUUGCUUGUUCAGAAGUUAAAUUGACGAUAAUGGUACAUUUUCAAUCACUGGAAUGUGAGCAAGAACAUGGAAGACACGAAUCAUCUAUUGGGUUUAGGGGAACAGAAUAUGUCUGAGGAGAAUGUGGAUAGGAUAAGUAGUCUUCCGUGGGAAGUUCUAGACAUUAUUCUUGGGAAGUUGUCACUAAAGGAUGCUGCCAGAACAUGUGUUCUGGCUAGUGAAUGGCGAUACAAAUGGCUUUCCUUAUCCAAAUUUGUCCUUGAUGCUGAUUAUCUUCCUACUGUGUUUAGUAUGACAUAUCUUCGAUGGGAUAAGGUUGCGAAUAUUGUCAACAGAUAUUUGCUUAACCACGAUGGUGCAAUUAAGACAUUUGUCUUGAAAACAAACUGUCGUGCACAUUAUCCUGAUUUAUAUCAGUGGAUACUAUAUCUUUCUAGACAAGAUGUUGAGAUAAUGUCACUUGAAGAGCGUGACUAUAAUAUGUCUGUGGUACCUUCAUAUCUUUUUUUGUUUGACAAGCUUCAGAGUUUGAACCUGCAAAUGUGUGCAUUAAAGAUUCCAUCUUCUUUUAGAAGAUUUAGCUUUCUUCAUGAACUCUCUCUCAGAAACGUUUCAAUUAGUGAUUAUGAUCUGCACCACUUAAUUCUUGCUUGCCCUCUCCUGGAGAAGUUGGUGGUGUUGGAAAUAAGUGUGUCAAUGCAUUUGAAAUUUUAUUCUCCAAGACUGUUGGAGUUACAAAUAGAUAUAGGAAUGGAGGACAUUGUUAUUGGAGAUCCUGCACAUUUGGAUUCAGUUUGUAUAUUGGAUAAUCCUGUACGUCGAGGUAUGAAUUACAACUGGCGGAGUGUUAUUCGUUGCUUUUCUAGACUGGUUGUCCUGCAAAAUUUGGUUUUAUGUGGAGCUUUUAUCGAGAUCUUGGCUGCUGAUAGUGCAUUUGAAAAUUUCCCGUUGAGGAACAAUACUUUAUCGUUUUUGUCCCUUUCUGAUGUAAACUGUGAGAACAUUGGAGUGUUCAGGGUUUGUCUUUCUCUGCUAAGAUCCUGCCCAAACAUCAAAAAGUUCGAAUUUGUCAUUGAUGAAGCCAAAGGUCUAAGGCAAAUCACGCAAUUCUUAAAGCAAAAUAAAGGAGUAGUCUCCUUUCCUGCACUCGAUUCUAUUGCAGUGACAUGUCCGUAUGAAACUGGCAUGGGAUGUACUGUGAACUUCAUUGAAUUUCUUUGUGCUCACUCCCCAAACCUCAGGUCUUUAAGCAUUGCCGGAUGGCCUGAUAUGAAAAAGAGCCAGGUUUCCAGGAUGCUCAAGCGGUUCAAGAAUGUUUGUCCUCGUGCUGAAGUAAUAUAUACUUGCAAGUAAUAUUGGUCAUUAUAUGAUGUAAAGGGUGAUUCUCCUUUCAUGUGCCUAAUUAAAUUGCAGUGAGAUUUCCUUCUGAGUCUGGCAUGGGACGUACUGUGAACUUCGUUGUGCGCUCACUCCCCAACCUCAGGAAAGUCUGUUCUCGUGCUUUAGAUCUCCAUCGUAUCAGUAUCAGAAAGGAAAUCAGCUCAUGUUUAUGAGCUGUUGCUUUUGCUGCUAUUUGGUAGUAAGAAAAACUCUUUGUUCCAAUAAUUUCAUUAGUGUUUGGUGAAAUUCAUUUAGUUAUUAUUUCUUUCAUUAGUGUUUUGGAUUUUAUUUUUUUUUAGUAAAAACAAGACUUAAGAAAGUGUGUUUAGUUUUAGUAAUUUCAGUAUUUCUUGAUUUCUAUAGCCAUUUCUUCUCAAUUUUAGUUAUUUCAGUAUUUCUUGAUUUCUAUAGCUAUUUCU